UUCCCGGCUGAUUGGUCAGAUUACCGAGUCACAUGACCGCGUCUGACACCCAGUCUCCGCCCCCACUCAGCGUUAAGGAUUAUGUCCGUGUUUACAGAUUCUGUCACGGUAACGCGUUCAGCCUUAUUCCCCCGGCACCGAGUGGGCGGGCACUGAGUCCCACCGGCCGCCAUGGCCGAGGCGGUAAGGCCCCGAAAGGCGAAGAGCAAGGGGAGGCAUGACAAGGAAAAGAAGAAGCAGCAGGCCAUUGGGGAUUUGGAUAAACAUCCAGUUCCAGAGAGGGAAAAAGCACCGAGCAGUAAGAUUACAGAUCCCAACCCCCCUGCACAGCCCCAUAUACCAGAAGAGGAGAUUCCUGAUAAUUUUACAGAAAUCCAACUGAAUGAAGAAGCUGGAUGGUUUGAUGUAGGAACAGCCAACAGUUUGCCUUUGGACCCUUCCUUGGAAGGAGCGGGACAGGGAGAAAGUGUGGGCUGUAGAGAGGGCCAAGAUGGAUCCAAAGAGGAAGAAAAGCAGCAGGAGAAAGACACUUCCACCUGUAGAGUGGGCAAUGGUGAGAUAUCUACUGAAGGAAGCCUUGAGCUGCCCAAGGAUAUAAGUAGGUGCAGUCAAGGGACCCCUGGUCUUUCAAAAGGAAGCAUCUCAGAUGUACAAGAUAUCCGGCCGGCAGUCCUUACACCCAAGGAACUUGUCUCUGAGAAGCCUCAGCAUUUACUGGAAACCCAUGAAGUCCUCAAGCUGCCAAGGGUCAGGUACCCGGAAUUACCCGUGGAAUGUUUUGAUCAGCAAAGAGAUGUUGCCACCAUCAAGCCUCUGGCACAAAACGAGCGGCUGUACCCCGAGAUCCCCCAGCAGCUUCGCCCUCUUGCCUUUACCAAGGACCAGCUGAAAAUAUUUGAACCCUGCUCGUGGCUGGAGAACGUGGCCGCUUUCACCGAGGAGUUUGAGAGCAUCGCUCACCAGGACAGACAUGACUUUCACGAGCUGCUAAUGAACUACGGGCGGUGCCGGAAGCAGCUAGUCCUGGCCGAAGCCAAGCUCCACAUCAUGGUAUCUGACUGGAAGAAUCUGAAAUCCAAAGUGUGGGACUUUAAAGAAGAGCACAUGACUGUUCAGGGCCUCUGCGAAGAUCAAGCGAAAGUGGUCGGGUACCAUCACUACCAGAGAGCAGAAGUGGAUAGCUCCGCCCUGGCCGACCUCAAGAGGCUUUUUGAACUCAAAUCUGACCACCUGCAUCAGACGUUUGCCCUGCAUUCCUAUACCUCCGUACUGUCCCGCCUACAGGUCGACUCCUAUAUAUAUGAUCUGCUCAACAGCUCGCCCUUCCUGCGCUCUGUGGCCGUCUACCCUCCGGAUAACGGCUCCAGCAAGCUGGAAGGGUCCCACACAGACGUGGUGCUGCUGAAGGAGUGUAUUAGUGUCCUGUUCAGCUUCACCAGGAGAGUCCUCGAAGAUGCUCAGUUUCACAAUGAUAUCCAACUGUGGCUCCAGAAGCUGGUGUCUGUCUUACUCAAAGUUGCCUCAUUGGGAGAUCAUCUCUUUCUACUGAACCACGUACUGCGCUGCCCUGCGGGUGUCAGUAAAUGGGCUGCUCCCUUUGUUCAGGUUCGUGUCCAGAACAAUCCCGCAGGUGUCUUUCACUUUAUGCAACUCCUCGCUGUGCUUAUGUACCCAGUCCGAAACCGUGCCGAAUUCCUGUGCCACAUUAAUCCCUCUGAAAAAAAGGGUUCCUCCUCUGGCAAAGACUCUGGCAGCUGGACUUUGGUGGAUGAAGCUGGAGAGGAGGAUGAGGAUCCGGAGACAAGUUGGACGCUGCUGACUGAGGAUGAUCUCAUUGCCUUUCUGUCCCAGUUCCCCUUCCAUGAUCUGUUUAAGAAUGUGCUGGGCUUUAGCUCCAGAGGUGAAUAUUCCCCUGAGAAAUCUACGCCUCAAGAAAUGAUGAAGAUUUUUGCCUUUGCCAAUUCUUUAAUCGACCUCCUGGCGCUCGGCUUGGAGACCUUCAACAGAGUUCGUUACCGGCAGUUUGUUAAACGCAUAGGCCGUAUUAUCCGGAUGACUCUGUGCUACGUGAGUGACCACUGGGCUCUGUAUCUGAACAACAACAUGGAGGCGGACCAGAGCGGUGCACUUUACUCAGUGGAAAAGCUGCAAGCGGAGUAUGACGAGCUGUUCCUGCGCGCUGUUCUUCAUGUCCUGAAGGCUAAAAGGUUGGGGAUCUGGCUGUUCAUGUCGGAGAUGCCGUAUGGGACCCUGUCCAACAGCAUGCUCUGGAAGCUCUUCUAUCUCAUGCACUAUGCUGAAAAUGACAAUGUGGAGAUCCUGUACCCCAGUAUAGACACGGCAGACUGCAGGUCCAGGCUCACCGUUUCUGAAAACAGAGACAAAUUUGAAGAAUAUCUCUCGUCCAUGAACAACUCUGAAGGGAUCUGCCUCCUCACCACGUUUGCCCAGAUGGCCCAGACCAAGCAGACUGAUGUUGACGAGGAUCUCGUUAAAAGCAUAGCCCUGGAGAUCUAUGAGGUCUCGUAUGUCAGCAUGUCUACAAGAGAAACCUUCUCCAAAGUGGGCCGGGAGCUGCUAGCCAGCAUCACUAUGGUGCACACCAGCAUCAUCUCUGUGCUUCUGGAACGUGUCCGUGACACUAUCGAUAAAGUAGGGAUGGUUUCCUUGUACUUGUUUAAAGAAUUACCCCUGCAUCGUUGGAGCCCAACCUCGUCCGAAAUAAGCCUGAUUCGUGAUUGGCUCCUCAACCACAACCUGUCCGAAGUAGAGAGCAAACUGGCCUGCAUUAUCCUGGAGGGCCUCAACUGGGGCUGCAAUGAGAAAAAUGCUCUUCACCUGAAUCCAGCCAUACAUGUGGAUGUGGCCCUCAUGAUUCUGGAAGCUUACCAGAAGUACAUCUCUGACAAACCCUAUACAGGUCUUAUUUCUGAAAGUAUAAAACAGGUGUCUUAUUUAGCCAGUAUUGUGCGGACAGGACAGUCCCCAGAAGCGUCUUUUAUCCAAUGGGCUUGGGAUUUGAUCCUGAGGCUUAAAAUGCAUCGAAAUGACCAGAAGGAACAGCUCUGUGACAAAGUGCCUGACCUGACGGAGGCGUCCGUACUUCAUCCGGUGCUGAAGGCCGUUAAAGCAGGUGUCCCUAUUGGCUGCUACAUUGGUAUUGCAGUAUCUUCAGUAGGACACAGUGUGGACAAGUUCUGUGUUGAAGGUGUAAGCUUACUGGGCGAGCUGGUCCAAGCACGGCAUCUCCGAGCUGUGGUGCACAUUCUGGAUAAAGUGCUGCCCAUGUUCUAUCCGUGCCAGUAUUACCUGCUGAAGAAUGAACAAUUUUUGGGCCACAUUCACGUGUUUCUUCAGUUGGACAAUGGUGUCCCUCAGGGCAUUUCACUGCAAAUGACACACAAAGUUACACAGCACUUAAGUGGAAUAAACUAUGGAGAAAAUGUGAAGCUUCUUACAAACAUGAUCCAGGCUCAUAUUGCUGCAAGCAGCAGCAGUCCCAAUGAAGUGGGCCCAGCAGCGGUGCUGGAGUUUUGGACUGAAGUCCUGAUAAGCCAGCAGCUAUGGCACAGAGAUAAGGGCACGCUCCUCCUGAUGGACCAGAUGUGUAAGGCAGCAUUCAGAUACGUGCAGGAGGAUUCUGUGCAGAAACUGCUCUACCAGCAGCACAAGGACGCUCUUGGCUUUCACUGUGACCGGGGGCUGCUCUCCUCAUUUGUGGGCUGGAUCGUGGCUGGAAACGUAACCCCUUCAUUCAUCGACUCGAGCUAUAACCCCUCCCAGAUCUGGUUCUCGUGGGCAGUGCUUAGCACCGAGUCUCUGUUUGAAGAAGAUUCCCAGCUGCGCAGAGUGGUGGAGUGGGAACUUGUAAGCAACCCUUCCAUGUCUCCAGAUCAGGCUUUGAAGAAAGCUCAGCAGCAGCUGAAACUGCCCAUUGUGCCUUCCGUACAGAGAUUAAUGAUCUAUCGUUGGGCUCAUCAGGCUCUGGCUACCCCGGCAGAUCACCCCCUUUUGCCUUUCUUUUGGCAAAAGUUUUUCCUUCUUUACCUCAACCGGCCAGGACCUCAGUAUGGGCUGCCAGUGAAUGGAUGCAUUGGGAAGAGGUUCUUCAGCAGCCACUCUCACACCCAUAUGUUGAAGCAAAUGAAACGGCGCCUGAUUGAAGUGGCUGAUUUUCACCAUUCAGCCAGCAAAGCCCUGAGAGCGCUGGUCCCCUUGGAUGGGUCCCCGGUAUUCCCUGACUCAUUGGGAGGCUCUCAGGAAUGCAUGGCCACCCCGGAAGUGCACAAGGAGCUGGUCAGGUUAUUUAAUGUGUUUGUCGUUUGGCUGGAGGAUGAGAAUUUCCAGAAAGGAGACGUUUACCUCCCUUCGCUGCCCAAGCAGUACGACGCCCACCGGCUGGCCAAGAUCAUGCGAAAUGAGCAGGAACUAUGGAUGGAGUUUAUUAAUAUGGAAAGGAUCACUUAUGAAAUCCAGGAAUCCAUUAAUGCCUGGAACCAAAUCAAGGUAGAGAUGGACACAUGUUUACUGAACCCUGCAGUCAGUAUGGAGCCAGCCAGCUCGCACUCAGCCAAGGACAGAAUCCUGUGUAACCUGAGAAAGCACGGCGCCCCCUGUCCUGCCACCACCCUGCACCUCAUGAAGCCUCCCGUGCCCGUCAUUCCGCCAUCUUGUUACAUUAAUACGCAGGAAUCCAUGAAACUGGUUCACAAAGACCUCACCAUCCUACAGCAGUAUGCCAAGACGGCGUCGAUGCGGGAAUCCCAGCAAGUUGCGCUGGACGGCGAAAUGCUCGAGACCAUCCCUAAACUCUAUGUCAACCGGGAGGAACAGAUUGAGAUGAAGAUGGAGUGCCGGGGAAAUCUGAAUAAAUCCUGUGCCGGGCCGGCUGUGGUUACAGUCAAGUUUGAAGGCAUGCAGAUGGAGGAAGCAGUAAGCCAGCAGCUCCAUAUCAUGCGCCGAGAGAUGAAGCAAUUGCAGGCCGAGGCGACCAAGCCCACUCAGCUCAGCAUUAUAGAAGCUGCUGUCCAUCUGGAAAACUUCAUCACGGCUCUAGUGAAUGCCUAUAAAGUGCAGUCCCCUCUGGAGAUACCCAAGAUCGGCAUCGGCACCUUUUUUGCAGUAGUGGAAUACGUAUGCGACGAGACGCAGCGCCAUCCUCCUUCCCGACAGUUUUUUACCUCCUGCAUUGAGAUUUUGGGCCAGGUGUUUAUAAGUGGAACCCAGACGGAGUGUCGGCCGGUGCUUCAGACCAUUCUGCAGAACAGGAGGCUGUGCAGCCUGCUCUCCCCGUACUUUACCCCCGCCGCCUCGCCCGGAGAGUUUGUGCAGUUGUACGAGAAAGUGGUCGAGGCCGUCAAUGACGACAACAGCGAUGUGAUUUUUAUGCUAUUGACUAAGUUUGAUCUGAACCAUUGGUUGAACUCGGCCAAGCCCUGUAUGUCGGAACGCACCAAACUGCUGGAGUGCGUGCACUUAGCCCUGACCCUGUGCGGCCUUGUACCCGAGGAAGAGCUACAGAUGCCUUUUAGCAUCUUCUGCAAACACUGGAACUCCGUCCUGCGCUACCAGUUCCCCGACCAUUACAGCGACUGCCUGAGGCUACUCAUGCAAAGUUCUUCUGAGCAGCUGUUGAGUCCUGAGUGCUGGAGGACCUCUCUGAAGGCUGUGGGGUGCUAUACGCCGAGGAAAAUUCCGAGCACGGUACAAGCCGAGUCCCCGGACCCGCUGGCGUUCCCUAGCUGUUCCAACAAGAUGAUGCUGUCGGCCGAACAGGUACUGGAGACCAUCAAAUGGCUUUCAGAUUUCUUCUACAAGCUCCGCUUCUCCAAAUCCGACUUCCAGAGCUUUGGCCUGCUUUCCAAAUGGAGCCCGUAUAUGGCCGAGGUGAAAACUUUCUUUGAGUACCUGGUAAAGAGCCUCAUAGACUACGAGCUGGCCGGCCUCAGCCAGGAGACUAUGGGAAGCCACAGAAUCCAAGCAGGGCUAAAAUCUCUGCAUUCGGCCAUCACUGAGCUCUUCAAGCCAUGGAUUAUGGUUCUGGAUAAAGAGGACAACAGCAGUCAGCGAUGUUACCCGUGGUUGGAAAGCGACACGUCUGUCGCUGUCGGGAUGGUUCAGUUAUUCUCAGACUGCAUCCUGACGCUGCAUCAGAAAUCUCAGGAUCGCUUGCUGCCUGGCCAGAGGGGCGCCUUAUGGUUGCACCUGAUGCAUUACUGUGAGACUUGCACUGCGCCCAAGCUGCCCGAAUAUAUCCUGUAUUCCUACCAUACUGAGUACAGCAAGUUACCCUGGAAGGAUAUGUAUCCUGAUCAGACAGUCAUGGAGGAAUUCUUUAAAGUGGAGAGGGGGAGCCCCAAAAGCUGCUUUUUGUUUUUGGGGUCUGUUUUGUGCGAAGUGAAUUGGGUAAGCAUCCUUUCCGAUGUCUGGGGCCCGGCCCCUCGCCCGGAGACCCACCGCAUGUUAGUGUGCCUGCUCUUCAUGCUGGUGUUUGUCGCCAAGGAGGAGAAGCUCGUCAACGAGCCGGGGUCCCCGCUACUCAGCCUCCUGGGGCAGGCCAGCACCCUGUCAUGGCACCUUGUGGACGCAGUGUCCUACCAAAACGUAAUGGGCUACUUCAGCAGCCACUACCCUCCCUGUGUGAUCCUGAGCAAACACCUCACCGAUGAGCUGAUCCUCAAGGUGUUGAAAGUCUCCGCCGGGCUGACGACUUUCCCAGAAUGCAACAUCUACUCUGAUGUGACCCCCAAAUGCCGCAUCUACAUUCAGCAGGUGGUGCAGUUUCUGGGCUCCUUAGAGCAGGACGCUAAAAUAACCCUUUCUGCCCUGGAGCAAGAGAUGUCAAAACUGCUGGAUGACAUCGUUAUCUUCAACCCCCCAGACCUGGAUGUGCAGAAGCGACACAUGGCGCUCAGCAGUCUGUUCAUGGAGCUCCUGAUGGUUAUGAAUAAUGCCGGCGUGACCACGGCGGAGUCCCUGAGGGGGGCCCUGCUGAGCUGGAUAGACACCAACGUGCAAGGCUUGCUGGUGAUGCCCCUCCUGACAGCGGCGUGCCAGAGCCUGGCAUCCAUCAGACACAUGGCCGAGGCCACUGAGGCCUGCAUCAUUGCCUACUUUAGAGACGAAAACCUCCACGUGCAGAACCCUGGCUGGGGCCCCAUCUUGGCUUCUCUACAAGUGCCCGAACUCACCACGGAGGAUUUCCUGCAGGAAUGCCUGAGCCUGGGCAGCUAUUUAACCCUCCAUGUGUACGUUCUGCAGUGUUUGAACCAGGAGCAGACGCUGGCCAAUGAGCUGAGAGUACUUGUGAUGAUUUCCAAGUGGCUGGAGCAGGUACAGCCAGGCUCAGUGAAUGAUGAGCCCAAGCUGUUCCUGUGGUGCCACAAGAUCCUGCAGCUUUCCCUCAUCCAAGUGGAGCAGAGCGACAGCGUCGUGACGGAGAACGUCCUUCGCAUUCUGCUCUCUGUCCAAGGCAAACUCACCCUCCUGGGGGAGGAGCGAAUGUCCUCUGGCAUUCUGGGUGCUAUCGGCCUUGGGAGGAAGUCCCCGUUAUCAUCAAGAUUUCGGAUCAUUGCUCGCAGCCUGGCGGCCUUCAUUGCAGCCCAGAUCCCUGCAGAGAACCAAGUGCGCCUUAAGGCAGGAUCUGGGCUGCACCUGUCGCCCAAAGCUCAGCAGGCUCUGACCGCUGUUGAAUCCAUGACCUCAAGCAAACAAUAUGCAGAGUUUCAGGAACAAAUCUCCCAGGCGACCCAGUUUAUCAGAUACCCCGGACACUGCCUUCAAGAUGGCAACACGCUGCUAGCUCUUCUCAUCAACUCCCUGUACCCAGAAGUGCAUUAUCUCAAUAUUAUACGAUAGACCAGGGGACCUCUUUACGCUUCUGAUAACUGACUGUGCGCAAAUCGUGUUUUUAAUGGCGAAAAACCGUAUCCGGAUGGCGUCAGGCCCGUAACGCCGGGAAGGCGGCGAAUCAGGAGGGAAGGAAGUAGGGAGGCGCCGGCAGCAAACAGAGCGGCUGGAACAUUACAAUAAGGUUUUCUCUGAAGAGUUAAUAACUGUGAGUUGGAUUCUGAGCCAGGAUUCCCAGGCGCCUCUGUGCGCUACUUACCCUUUAAUUCUCCCCAGAUAUUUGCCUCUGUGUUUAGCUUGUGCCUAUAGUUUGUGUUGUCUCCGUGCCGAAUGUCUGUAGGGGGUUCUGGUACAAUGUCGUCUGUGUCUCCCAGUCAGGGUGCAGGUCACUGGCCAAUAAAGAUUUUGAACCAAGGG